AUGGCUAAUAAUCUUGGAGCCAUAAUAACCGAUAGAAGACUGCGAUUAUUGGAUAUACCCGUGAAACUUUAUAGACAAUUUGAGAAGUCACUUAAUUCAAUUCCUUUCAAAUCCACCUUAUUUGCAGAUAUCAAAGAGUCUCUCAAAGAGAAGCAAUUAAUACAAGAUUAUGGUUUAGAGGUGUCUGAAAAGGAUAAUUUAAAUGUUGUUGUUAGGAAUAUUUACGAUGGAAUAAAGUCUCAAAAAAUCAACAUAAAUUCGAUAAUAGCGCUUAUAAAAAAACUGAAAACAUUUGAUUGGGGUAGGCUAGUAAACGACAGUUCGCUGAGUGACACGUUAAAAACAUUGAAUAUAAAAAAAUUAGGAGCUAUUAUAGCAGCAGUAAAAGAUAAUAUCUUUGUUGACACACCUGAACUACUUUUUGAUUACGAACUGAAUCCAAAUGAUUUUGAAAAAUACAAGAAAGUCGCACUGUCAAUUGCAGAAGGACUAAGUAAAAUGAACAUGUCUUAUUCGUCUGUCGUUAGCACCCUGGCUAGAGGGUUUGAAAAGAAGUUUAUGAAAAGUAUAGAAAGCGGCAAGCUAAACAUCAACAUGAAUGGCUUAGGUAAAAAAAUAAGAAAAAAAUUAAAUUUUACAAGACUCAACGCAGACCCGUUCGACAUUAAAAAUGACGAGUUGAAAGACUUAGGAAUGGAUAACGAAACAUGGAAUCAAAUUUCGUAUCGCAUUAUCGAAGAGGGAGAGGAUGCGAGGGGCAACGUGGAGCAAGAUAGAGUAGUUUAUCGUGACAGCAUAGGAAGCGAUUGCAUAGUUGUGUAUUACGGGGUCACUUCUUGGUACGAAGCUCAGUCAUUCUGCGCUGAAAAAGGUGGAUAUUUGAUGGUUUUCAAAGAUGACCAAGAUUUUGCUCUUUUGGACAAGCCUGAGUUGAAAAAUGUUCCCGAUCUAUCAUCCGUUGGACUGGUGCUGCAAGAAAUUAUUGGACCUGGAUGA